AUGUCUGUGUCUACUUUAAAUAAUCUUAACAUUCUCUCCUGGAAUGUGGGUGGCGCUGGGAGCAGAGCCUUUUCUCGCGCUCUUAAGCUGACUAUUCAGACCCAUAAACCUGAUUUUGUUGUUAUUCUCGAACCGCAGAUCAGUGGCAGCGUGGCCAAUUCUGUUUGUGACAAGAUGGGGUUCCCGGACGUGAUUCGUGUGGAGGCUGAGGGUAGGCAGGGUGGAAUUUGGAUCUUCUGGGAUGCUCGUCGCUUCCAAGCCCAAGUCACUUCGGCCUGCUCCCAACACAUCACCAUUCGAAUUUCGCAAAACAAUAUGACUGAUUGGAUGCUCACGGCGGUCUAUGCUUCCCCUCGCCCUGCCAGACAGAGACCUCUCUGGGACAGCAUCUCGGCUCAGAGCAGAAGCAUCGAUAUUCCAUGGAUCCUCACUGGGGAUUUUAACGCCAUUAGAUCACCAGUUGAGAAAUCCGGAGCUGCGUCGGUGGCUACUCUGCGUAGAUGUCGGGUUUUUAAUGAGAGAAUUAAUGAUGCUGAUCUUGUGGAUCUUGGUUUCUCUGGCCCUAACUUCACCUGGUCGAGGGGGGAAGAUUCGGGCACCUACAAGGCCAGCAGAAUCGACAGGAGCUUAUGCAACAUUGCGUGGAACUCUGUUUUCCCCAACACUGUUGUCCGCCAUCUUCCCCGCCUAAACUCCGAUCACAACCCCAUUCUUACUUCUUUUGCUUCCCAGGGGCAAUCUUCUAACCUCUCUCGUCCUUUCAAAUUUGAGGCAGCUUGGCUUACUAGUAAUACUCUUCUGUCUACUAUUGCAGGUGCUUGGGACUCCUCUGCUUCCUUACCUGACGCGCUCUCUAACCUUAGUUCGGCGCUGCAGGCUUGGAAUAGGGAAGUUUUCGGGAAUGUACAGCAGAAGAAGAGGAGACUUCUGGGACGUAUCCGGGGAAUUGAGAUGCGCCUCUCGGAGGCUUUUCAUCCGGGGCUGGCCAAGCUUCACUCCAAGCUCGAAGCAGAGCUUGAUGCAGUCUUGGAGCAGGAGGAGCUCAUCUGGUACCAGAGGUCUAGGGAGAGCUGGGUCAAGUUUGGAGAGCGGAAUACAAGCUAUUUUCAUCAGCAGGCCAACAUCAAGAGACGCAGGAAUAAGAUUACCUCGCUCCGGGACCAGGCCGGAACUUGGAUCGAUGACCCUCAAGCCUUGGCUUGUAUGGUUUUUGAUUUUUAUACUAAUCUUUACCUGCAGGAUGACUCGGUGUAUGAAGACAGGUUGCCGAAGAACGCCUUUCCCCGGCUGGCUCAAGAUGACCUCCUCUGUUUGCUGAGACCGUUCACCUCUAUGGACAUCCAUAAGGCGAUCUUCGAGAUGAAGCCUUUUCAAGCGCCGGGCCCAGACGGUUUUCAUGCUGCCUUCUAUCAGCAGGCCUGGAGAGUGGUUGGGAAGGCCUUAACGGACAUGGCGCUGGAGUUUUUCAACUCAGGAGUCCUACCUGAAGCGGUCUCCGAAUCAACUGUUGUUCUUAUCCCCAAAGUCGAUCACCCGGAAUUUGUGACCCAGCUUCGCCCUAUCUCGCUUAAUAAUGUGAGCCUCAAGGCUGUUACCAAAGCUAUCACGAGUAGGCUGAAGCCGGUCAUGAGGAAGCUCAUCUCUCCUCGCCAGAGCAGCUUCAUCCCGGGUCGUCAGACAACGGAUAAUGUGAUUGUGGUGCAGGAGGUGCUGCACUCCCUUAGAAAGAGGAAAGGAACGAAAGGGGGUCUUAUCUUGAAGAUCGAUCUCGAGAAAGCUUAUGACAUGCUCCGCUGGGAUUUCCUUCGUGACACUUUGAAGGAGGUGGGGCUCCCCAGUUCUUGGAUCCGAUGCAUCAUGUACUGUGUGGAGCAGAACAAAAUGCGGGUGUUAUGGAAUAACACCUUGUCCUCCCCCAUCACCCCUACUCGUGGAGUUCGCCAGGGAGACCCUCUCUCUCCUUAUCUUUUCGUUUUGUGCAUGGAACGUUUAUCUCAUAGAAUUGAUGCGGCCUUCCAUAGUGGGCAUUGGAAGCCUAUUCGGCUCACUAGGAAUGGACCGCCUCUCACUCAUCUUUUUUUCGCAGAUGAUCUUCUGCUUUUUGCAGAAGCUGAGACAAGACAGAUCAGGAUUAUCAAGCAGUGCCUGGAAGAUUUUUGCUCAAGUUCCGGGCAGCGAGUCAACUAUGCCAAGUCCUUGAUGUAUGUGUCGCCGAACGUCGAUAGGUCGAAGGCUCGGCUUUUGAGCGAGCGUGCUGCGAUUCCUCUAAAGGCGGAGCUCGGGAGAUAUCUUGGCAUUCAUGGAAUUCAUGGCCGGGUGACUUCAGGGAGAUAUCAAGGCCUUCUCUUGCGCAUCCAGAAGAAGCUGGCGCCAUGGAAGGCUAAGCGGUUAUCCCUGGCCGCCCGCCUUACUGUUUCCAGGUCCAUCAUUUCCUCUCUUCCCACCUAUCAUAUGCACACGGAGUUACUGCCUAAGGGUGUUUGUGCUUCUAUUGAUCGCAUUAACAGGAAUUUUGUCUGGGGAGAUGAGGAAGGAAGAUCUAAGCUCCAUCUUGUUGGUUGGGAGAAGAUGAUCUUGCCCAAGAGCCAAGGAGGGGUUGGCCUCCGCUCUGUGCGAAAUGCCAACCUGGCCAUGCUUGCCAAGAGUGGUUGGAGACUUCUUAAAGAGAAGGACAUGCUGUGGACGCAGGUGAUCAGAGAUAAGUACUGCCGGAACAAAGAAAAUCUGGACCUCUUCCGUUCUGUUCAGGGAAGUUCCUUUACCUGGAAAAGCUUUACCAAAGCUUCCUCCCUCCUGAAGGAAGGAUGUGCUUGGAAUAUAAAGAACGGAAAUACCACUAAGUUUUGGAAUGAUUCUUGGAUUUUGCAGGAGCCUCUCAAGAAUCUGGUGGUGGGAGAGAUCCCUAGCUCGCGGACCGAGGAGGUGGUGGCGGACAUGGUGACGGAGGAGGGAGAAUGGCGCAUCGACCUGUUCGAGGACCUCCUCCCCCAGAGGAUUCAGCAGAAAAUUGUUGGGGUGGCGGUGGAUAAGCUCUCUAGCGAGGAGGACACUCUCUUCUGGUGUUUGUCUUCCACCGGAAGGUUCACGGCGAAGACGGCGUAUCAGCAUCUUCUCCCGCAGGAGCCUGACCCCGAUGCCAAUUUCUGGAAGAUCAUCUGGAGCCUUCCCGUUCCGGAGCGGAUCCGGUGUUUCAUGUGGUUGGUUUGUCUUGGCAGAAUCGCGACUAAUGCGCUUCUGUUCUCGAGAAGAAUAGUCGCCGCUCCGUACUGCCCUCGUUGUAACGGUCAGGUGGAGUCUAUUCUUCAUAUCCUCAGGGAUUGCCCCCCGGCAGCGUAUUUCUGGAUUAGACAGGUGCCCAGCAGUAGACAGCAGGCCUUCUUCUCAGCAGAUACUGUUCCAUGGCUGAAGAUGAACCUAAAGACGGAUGCGGAUAAGCACUUAGGGGUCGAGUGGGCGACUUUCUUCAGCAUCACCGCUUGGCUCCUGUGGAAGAAUAGAAAUGACAUGUGCUUUAAAGGUAUCUCAGCCACUCUCACUCCUCCUUCCUUGGCUCAUUCGAUUCUUGCAAAAGUGAAGCUAUGGAGUGAAGCCUGGAACGCCCCGUCCUUGCUGCCGUGCGGAAAGAGGGCCUCUGCUCCUCGGAGGGUGGUGGACAUUGCUUGGAGCUCGCCUCCUAACGGAUGGGUGAAACUAAACAUUGAUGGGGCCUCAAAUGGUAACCCCGGACCGGCUGGGGCGGGAGGCGUGUUGAGGGAUGGAGUCGGGCAUUGGAUUGUUGGUUUUGUGGCUAUGAUUGGCGAAGCUCCUGCAGCUUUGGCAGAGCUAUGGGCUUUUUUUCAUGGCUUGGAUAUCGCGUGGAAAUCAGGGCAUCGCCAGAUUGAGAUCGAGUCGGACUCUCAGCUUGCCAUCCAGUUAAUUAAUGACAGACAUGAUCCGGUGCACCCUUACGCCACCUUGUUAGCAGCUAUUCGCAGGAGGAUUAGUCGGGACUGGUUGGUGCGCAUUGUUCAUGUGUACCGCGAAGGGAAUAGAGUCGCGGACUGGCUCUCGAAGCACAGUCUCGUCUAUCCCUUCGGGUUACAUGCACUUGCACACCCGCCGUCAGGGGUGAUUACCAUUCUCCAGGACGAUAUUCAGGGGGUCUCUUUUGAGCGGCGGAUUGUGUCCCGCCAUGACACCUCCUCUUCCUCCCAUCCCCCCAUGUAA